AUGUCUAGCGCUCUUUCCUUUCAGUGGCAUUUAUGUGAUGUCUUCAAGAGUGCGAUGUGCUGUAUCUCCUGUAGCCACACCCUCUCACUACUGCUGUGCGUCCUCACCCUGACUCCGACGGCAACAGGGGCGGGCCCUGAGACCCUGUGCGGGGCGGAGCUGGUCGACACGCUGCAGUUUGUCUGUGGAGAGAGAGGCUUUUAUUUCAGUAAACCAGGUUAUGGCCCCAAUGCAAGGCGGUCACGUGGCAUUGUGGACGAGUGCUGCUUCCAAAGCUGUGAGCUGCGGCGCCUGGAGAUGUACUGUGCACCUGCCAAGACUAGCAAGGCAGCUCGCUCUGUGCGUGCACAGCGCCACACAGACAUGCCGAGAGCACCCAAGGUUAGUACCGCAGGGCACAAAGUGGACAAGGGCACAGAGCGUAGGACAGCACAGCAGCCAGACAAGACAAAAAACAAGAAGAGACCUUUACCUGGACAUAGUCAUUCAUCCUUCAAGGAAGUGCAUCAGAAAAACUCAAGUCGAGGCAGCACGGGGGGCAAAAAUUACAGAAUGUAGGGAAGGAGCGAAUGGACAAAUGCCCAGCGACUUGGGAAGAGAGAGGGGAGUGGCCUUACCUGGUACCCCUGUGGAAUGGUUCACUGUAAAACAAAACAAAGAGGAUGCUAGCAAUGGCCCGAAAAGCUCUUCAAAAUGAUUUGACACCUGAGAGCUAAGUGGUGUUUAAGGGUUUGAUGAGGGAUCUUGUGAUUAUUUUAUACACUGCACCAUUCCAUAUCGGGAGGAAUUCUUUGUUAAUGCAAUGUAACAGACUAGUUUAGCUGCUGAGACACGAACAAGAGCUUAUUAUACCUCCAUGUGUGAGCUGCAGCAUCCCCCCUGGCUCCAGGAAAGGUGGGAACGUAUCUGGGCUUCAGCCAAUCAGAGAUCGGCAGGCUGUGGUUGAGAAUGAGUGGUCCGUCCUGUCCCCUGAACUUUUGCGGAGGUAAAUCCUUUUACUCUGAGAGAGUGGAUUCAUUCACUCCUUCGGUAAGACAGGAUGCUUUGUCACCGGUCACAUUUAACAGUUAGUUCCCCAGUUCGAAGCUGAUAUUUUACCUUCAGAAUUUGUUUUCAUUGCACCAUGCAUUACUGUGGAUAUUUUUAACAUGUAAAAUAAAGGUCUGCUUUAAAGACAAAGACCAGGUGGUUCAUCAUCAGACUUUAAACAUUGUUGUAGUUAUUUUACCUUGAGCCCGAGUCAAAUCCCUACUAAGUGGAGUCGCUAGAAGCUUUGAGACCAAUCCAAAUCCCUCCUAAGCCCCAGGAAGUGUUGAGAACCUGAGGACUGAGUCUACAAUCCAAACAUUUCUCUAACAACAGAUCAAGCACCAUUAGAGAGGAUUUUGAAGAAAGGGGGAAGCACAGUAGGUACUAGAAAAACAAGACUGUGGUUUUCAAAAAACAGAACAACAAAUUAACCAGGAGCUAAAUUGAAUUAGAGAUUUUUUUGGCCGGUCGGAGCUUGGUGCUCGUUUGGUUGUCAGAAAUGGGUCAUUUAGCGGAUUCAAAGUGCAUUUGGCGUACGUGAGUGGAACAAGUCAAAUAGCGACAAUCAGGCGAAAUGUUUGUCGUCUGCAUCUUUUUCACAAUACGCAGCCCCGGCCAAAUCCGAUUCUUGUCAACAGUCCAGUUAUGCGGUGAUCAACAUUUCAGCUUAAGUGGAGGCCUGUGUUCAAGGUUAAGCGCAAGUCAUGAAAGUUUAGUUGCAGUGAGUCAGCAAGCGCUUAAAAAAAACAAAAAAAAACCUACCAGGAUCAAAGAAUGAAAUCGUUUUCUUGCUCUCAUGAGGAAAAUGUUCCCAGAACUGUCACUAUCCAAGCGAAAUGACAGAAAGGCCGUAACAAUAGCCUCACAAACGGGGAUGUUUAAUGAUUGAUCUUGGCCUGUGAUAUUUUGUUAGUUUAGGGAGGCCGAGAACUUUGCUACUAUAGUUGUUGCUUGGACUGCGUUAUCUGCCACGCUAUGGCAUCUGUUGCAAAGUCCACCAGAGAAACACGCAGAUUAAACAAUUUGGUAAAUAUUGCCAGCCAAAAUGACAAGUCCUCUGGAGACCUGACACAUACCAGUACACAAAUACACAUACAAAGCACCCACAGUGUAAAUGAGAGUUGUGCAACCGUGAGCGAAGGUCAAGCACACAAAUCACAAGUUUCAUGAAAAGCCAAUUCUGAGAAGUCCUUGCAUGGGGACUGACAGUAACGGCUGUUUGUUCGAGCCUCCAUCAAAUCGCCCAAGACAACUCAUCUCUGGCUUUGUCUCCUCUGCCUGUGUAUAAUCAAACAGUACUCCCAUUAUGUUAACCUAUGCAUUACUAUCAUUCAUUGUACAUGAUGGUUUCAUUUAACAAAACUGUAUUAAGAAUCCUAUCCACUGUAUAAUGGUGCUAUUUUGUAGUUUGUUACUUGCAAGAGAUGGCUAAGACAGACUGAUGGCAGGGCUUACAUUGGAGGUCUUCCCUUUUGCACAGCCUUGUGGCCACCAUUUUAAUAGUGUUUUUAUUUGUAAGCUGUUUCAAUAAGGUAGUAGUGUAAGCGAGUAAAUGUAUCUGUGUGAAAUCUGUGAAUGCAUGGAGAAUUACGACAAAAAAAACAAAAAAAAGGAAAAAGAAUAUAACAUGUUGUGGUCCCAAGAAGGCAAAAUGCUAUUUUUUCUACUGUUUUUAAAUUAUUUUCUCAAUAUAGAUCCCUUAUGCCAAAUAACUUGACAAAAGUACUGUGAACUGUGAUUCUUCCAAUUGUAUUGAGAUUGUUAAAAGUCAUGGUGUGCUUUUGUCUAUCCGGAGGUGUGAGUGUGUGUGUGUGUUAGUGCACCUCACUGGAAGCCAAGGUACUGACUAUUAAAAUAACUUAAAGCGAGACUCCGCAACUUUUGCUAAACAGCGGCUACAUGCAGGGCGUAAAGGACAAUCAUUACGCAUCGAGUACACGCCAUUAUGUUUACCUGCGACAUGCUACAAUUUAGUCUAAGUAGGGAAUUAAGUUUGCACCAGGCAAACCACUCCAAUCAAACCACUCUUUAACAGUGUUUGUGUAAUAACUCUCAUUGCCAGAAGGGGGAGAUAAAAGUUCCGCACUGCAGGUUUAAAAUGUUCUGAAUUAAUGUUGGGAAAGACCACUGCCAUUCUCAUAUCUGUCCGUUAGCCUCCUAGCUUAGCUUAGCUUAGCUUAGCUUAGCUUAGCGUGAAAAUUAUCAAAAGGAGGAAACAGUGAACCUCACUCUGUCCAAACAUAGUCAACCUGUUAGCAUUGCUAGAGCUCUCACAUGAACUCAAAGUGACCCAAAAUGUCUCAUUUCUCCACAACAGCUUUUACAAACUACUUCAACGAGAUGUAUGUGUUAGCAUGUGAGCUUUAGCGGACCUUGUUUUUAACCUUCAGCCUGAGCCAAGCCAGCUGGUUUCCUGAUUCUAGGCUUCAUGCUAAGCUAAGCUAACUGGGACCCCACUGUGGCUUCGUAUUGACAGAUAUGAGAGUGGUGUUUAUCAUCCCACACAUUAGCCUGCGCAAGAUACUGGAAAUAUCAAAUUAGACUGUAAUGACAAAACCCUAGAGUGUAUAGAAACAGUACAAGGGUGCGUUUAUUUGCUCAUGAAUUCAAUUUUUGACGCAAUUUUUUUUUUCUACUCUCAAAAGUUCCAUGGUCUCGCUUUAAGUCAAAGCCAGGAGUUUAAUUUAUUUUGUCCAAAACAUUUGUUAGCAGCUCUCUCAAUCAAAACUUACGUUUGAGAUUUAAUUUAACGGUGUGCUUUUCUCAAUAAUGAGGUGUUAAAAUGGAAAUUUGCUACAUGCUUUAGUGUCUGUUCCUUACAAAUUCUCUCAUCGGUCGACCUGGCGACUGAAAUGAAAAAGAAGCUGGUUGGAGAACGGCUCUGGUCCUCCCAGAUCUUCAGAUAUACAGUACAAACCAAAGACUUUUUGAUGCGAACAAAGCCUCACUCAGCAUUGUUAUGUCAUAAACUAAACCUGUGACCAGUUCAUUAAAUAUCAAUUGAUGCUAUACCUGUCUCAACUGCACUGCAGCUACAAUACGCCCUUCACACACUGUCUCUGGUACCUGAAAUGCAGCUUGUGUAUUAAAAAGUAAAGCGGACCAGACAGAAGUCCUUCGUUGUUUCUGGUGUAUUCGGAGCGUUGAUGCAGAAAGCAACCAACUUCAAACCGUCUGACUAUGAAUCAUUCAAACAUUUCAGUUUGUCAGUUGUUUGAAAUAAUCAAUAAAGCCUAGAAAGUAAGAGUGUGUGACGACUCUAUGAGGUGUUUAAUGAGAAAAUCUGAUGUCCUGAAGCUCACUGUCCAAAAACUGUUUGAUUACAGCGCUGUUAUUUAUGGUGCUCGAUUGCCUUCUGUAGAAAAAAAAAAUACUGACAAACUGUUCACCAUUCCUGCUGAAUAAACCACUUGUCAACAUCA